GUUUUCCCAGGGCUUGCAGAGGGAGGGGCGGGGCGUGGGUCCCUGUGACGUCACUGCCGGCCGGACGCCAUCUUGCUGGUUUGCGGCCGGUCUUGGAUGAAGCGGCGGCCGUGGUGAGAGCGUGGGGAAGGGUGGGGUGAGGGGGCGAGGCCGCAGCUAGGGCGGCGAAACUCUCCUCCCCUCGGCCCCACCGCGUGGGACGGCGUGAACGUGGUGUCGGAGGGAUGUCAGCCUUCUCUGAGGCGGCGCUGGAGAAGAAGCUGUCGGAGUUGAGCAACUCGCAGCAGAGCGUGCAGACCUUGUCCCUGUGGCUCAUUCACCACCGUAAACACUCGCGGCCCAUCGUCACCGUGUGGGAGCGGGAGCUGCGGAAAGCCAAACCAAACAGGAAGCUUACUUUUCUCUACCUAGCCAAUGAUGUCAUACAGAACAGCAAGAGGAAGGGGCCAGAGUUUACAAAAGAUUUUGCACCAGUUAUAGUGGAGGCUUUUAAGCAUGUUUCAAGUGAAACUGAUGAAAGUUGUAAGAAGCACCUUGGAAGAGUGUUAUCUAUUUGGGAAGAAAGGUCUGUUUAUGAAAAUGAUGUAUUAGAACAACUUAAACAAGCUCUGUAUGGUGAUAAGAAGCCUAGGAAGCGAACUUAUGAACAGAUAAAGGUGGAUGAAAAUGAAAACUGUUCCUCUCUGGGAUCUCCAAGUGAACCACCACAGACUCUAGAUCUCGUUAGAGCAUUACAAGAUCUAGAAAAUGCAGCCUCAGGUGAUGCAGCAGUUCAUCAGAGGAUAGCUUCUUUACCUGUUGAAGUCCAAGAAGUAUCUCUAUUAGAUAAAAUAACAGAUAAAGAAUCUGGAGAAAGGCUUUCCAAAAUGGUAGAGGAUGCGUGUAUGUUGCUGGCAGAUUACAAUGGCAGAUUGGCGGCAGAAAUAGAUGAUAGAAAGCAACUCACUCGAAUGUUAGCAGAUUUUCUUCGUUGUCAAAAGGAAGCCCUUGCAGAGAAAGAGCAUAAAUUGGAAAUGGAGUCUCACUCUCUCACCCUGACUGGACUGCAGUGGCGUGAUCUCAGCUCACUGCAACCUCUGCCUCCUGGGUUCAAGCAGUUCUCCUGCCUCAGCCUCCUGAGUAACUGGGAUUACAGGUGCGCGCCAUCACGGCUGUCUAAUUUUUGUGUUUUUAGUAGAGACAGGGUUUUGCCAUGUUGGCCAGGCUUGUCUCAAACUCCUGACCUCAGGUGACCCGCCCACCUCGGUCUCCCAGAGUGCUGAGAUCACAGGCAUGAGCCACCACACCCAGCCGUCCAACAGGUUCUUGACAUUGGUAUGCUGUGGUCCACUUUCCUCUGUGCUUGUGGAUUUCUGCCUGUGUAAAUUGCUUUAUUGUUUUAGUGACUUACUGGGAGGGAGCAGAUAAACAUGAGUUUGCUCUGUCAUAUAAAUGGAAGACUUUUUAUGUCUUAAUUAAGUAGAACUGUAACAUACAUGUUUCAUAACUCCUGCCAAACCACCUGUCUAAGUGGUUGUCAUGUACUACCUGGCUUAUAAGAUGAUCUUCUGCUCCCUCUCAUAUCUCCCUACAUCAUUGCAACCAUAUGGAUCUUUUAAGAAAUCAGAUCCCAUCACACUCCUCUUUAGAAACUCAUCAGUGGGCCAGGCGCAGUGGUUCAUGCCUGUAAUCCCAGCACUUUGGGAGGCUGAGGUGGGUGGAUCACGAGGUCAGGAGAUCGAGACCAUCCCAGCUAACACGGUGAAACCCCAUCUCUACUAAAAAUAUAAAAAAUUAGCCACGCGUGGUGGUGGGCUCCUGUAGUCCCGGCUACUCGGGAGACUGAGGCAGGAGAAUGGCGUGAACCCGGGAGGCGGAGCUUGCAGUGAGCCAAGAUCACGCCACUGCGCUCCAGCCUGGGCGACAGAGCGAGACUUUGUCUCAAAAAAAAAAAAAUCAAUGGUCCCCAUUACACUUUUGGAUAUUAUUUUGAACUCAGACACCAUUUAACCGCAUCUUGUAUCAUCUUGGCUUGCAUUUUGUUUUUCAGGUAUAUCAAGCAUGUUCUAAAAUCAGAGCUUUUUGCUUUGCUGAUUGUUAACAGAGAGGGACUGGAAUGCUCGUGCCUCCUGCUCUUUCCUUAGCUGGUUCCUUUUCCACUCAGGUUUAUAUUCCUAUGUCAAGUCUUCAGAGAGUCCUACAUCCUUUUCUUUUGGUCCCAUCUACCCAUUCGUCUGGCCCCCUCUACCCAACUGUAUUACAUUGUCAUUUUGGUUUUUGUUUUUCUUCCAUAUUAAUUCUUUCUAUUAAUACUUUAUAUACUUAGUUUUCAUGUGCACCUGCCACUAGGAUGUGAGUUUCAUGAGAUGAACCUUGUUUGGUUUUUCAUAUUUAUUACCAUGCCCUCAAUGCUUAGAGUAGUUUCUGUCUCCUGGUAGGCACUCAGGUGUUUGUGUUAAGUAAAUGAAUGCCAUUAGAAAUGUAACUUGGGGCCAGGCGCGGUGGCUCACGCCUGUAAUCCCAGCACUUUGGGAGGCCGAGGCGGGUGGAUCAUGAGGUCAGGACAUCGAGACCAUCCUGGCUAACACGGUGAAACCCCGUCUCUACUAAAAAUACAAAAAAUUAGCUGGGCGUGGUGGCGGGCGCCUGUAGUCCCAGCCACUCGGGAGUGUGAGGCAGGAGAAUGGCGUGAACCCGGGAAGCAGAGCUUGCAGUGAGCCGAGAUUGCGCCACUGCACUCCAGCCUGGGCGACAGAGCGAAACUCCUUCUUAAAAAAAAAAAAAAAUAAAUAACUUGGAAGAGGUAUAUAUUUAAAAUUGGUAACUUACUUGUAGCUAAAUCAGAAAAGAAUGAUAAAUAAAUAAAAAUGAUUGAAAGACACUUGAGGAUUUUGAAUAAAAUUAUAUCCAACAUAAUUGGUUAAAUCAUUUUAGCAGAGUCCAGUACUUAAAAAGUCUUAAGUGGGCUGUGUACACAGUUCAAGGCAUGCAGUUUGUAGAGCUGCAGUUGAGCAUUUUGAACAAAGGAGUAAAUUAUCAUCUUGAAAUUGUAAAAUUAUUUUACCAGCUUGCAUUUUUUUCCCUUCUGUAGGAGAAUAACACUAACAAUAUGUGAGAAUAACGUGAAUAAGAAAUGAACAGUAGUAAUCCUUAGCAUUGUAUAAGUACUGAAUUUGUAAAGAGUAAUAGUGCCAUCUAGUGGAAGAGCUGGAGCUACAGAUGAAACCAGAGUCCUUAAGCCAGUGUUCAUUCUUUUAUGUUAAAGUAUGUAACAGAGAGGAAUUUACACUCUAUUGCCCUUUGUGCCUGUUCACUCAUUCAUGGAAUGGAAAUGUAAUAUUAAUAUUAAUGCUAAUUACUGUCAAGAGGCGUUCAUAGAACUCUGAUGGUUAAAACAAUGAUGCGUAUAGGCAGUUACGCUUUCUUGAGACAAAGGAAGUCCUUAAUAAACUGCUAACAAAGAUUACAUUUUCUUGUUACUGUAUCAGUUCUUACAAGUGAGAUGAGAUUGAAAAGUAGUUUGGAGCCACAUUGUGGAGGGCACUUGAAUGUCAGGCCUAGUAGAGGUUGAUAACAGGCCAAAGGGAAGAAAGGAGUGGUGGUGUUGGCAGUGUCUGAAAAUGGUUAUAGUUGUUGAGUGGAUUAGAUUGGAGAGAGAUUAGCAGUAGGGAGACCAGAUGCAACUUAAUUAGAAAAAUGUAUGUGCUGAGCAGUAAAAGCCUGAACUACAGUGGGUGGUAGCAGUGAAGUGUGUGUGUGUGUGUGUGUGUGUGUGUGUGUUUUGAGACAAGGUCUCACUCUGUUACCCAGGUUGGAGCUCAGUGGCACAAUCAUGACUGACUGCACCCUCGACCUCCCAGGGCUCAGGUGAUCAGCCUCCCGAGUAGCUGGGACUACAGGCGAGUGCCACGACUCCCGACUAAUUUUUGUGCUUUUUGUAGAGACAGUGUUUCACCAUGUUGCCCAGGCUGGUCUCGAACUGCUGGGCUCAGGUAGGUGAUCCACCUGCCCUCGCCUCCCAGAGUGUUGGGAUUACAGGUGUGAGCCACUGCACCUGGCAGUUUUUUUUUUAUUGCAAAAGUAGUACAUGCUUAUCAUAGUUGAAAAACCAUUGAUAAGCACAUGCAGAUACCAUCCAAAAUUUUUGUCACCCAUUGAAUACCUUUUGGCAAGAUUUAGAAGGAUAGAAUCAGACUGUACAUGUCAUUUUAUAUAGUGUCUUUUUGCACAUUUACUAUAAAAAUUUUCAUGUGAUUAUAAAUCUCAUUUAAUAGCUAAAUUACAUUGUUCUAUGGAAGUAGUAUUUGUUUAGCCAGCUAAUUAUUUAACGUUUAUAUUUCUUCCAGUUCCUUGCUAUUGAAGAACAGUGCUUUAAAUCACCUUUUGGCAUUUAUGUUACUUCCAGUUUGAUACUGAAAACAUUGCUCUGAAUCACCCUUCAACUAAGUUUUGGCUUAUCUGUGAUAGUCUUCUCAUAAAUUCCUAGAAGUAAAAUAAUUUAAAAAAAGCAAUAAGGAGAUAUGGUUUUCAUGCUUGAGUUAGUUACAGUUUUAAGAAAACAGGCCGGGCGCGGUGGCUCAUGCCUGUAAUCCCAGCACUAUGGGAAGCCGAGGCAGGCGGAUCAUCUGAGGUCAGGAGUUCAAGACCAGCCUGACCAACAUGGAGAAACCCCGUCUCUACUAAAAAUACAAAAAUUAGCUGGGUGUAGUGGCAGGCAACUGUAAUCCCAGCUGCUCGGGAGGCUGAGACAGGAGAAUCGCUUGAACCCAGUAGGUGGAGGUUGCGGUGAGCCAAGAUUGUGCCAUUGCACUCCAGCCUGGGCAACGAGAGUGAAACUCUGCCUCAAAAAAAAGAAAAAAGAAAAGAUAUUCUUUGUAAUGACAUGGGGUUGUGGAAAUGGGAACUCUUAACAUAUUAUUGAUGUAAAUUCAUUUGGUCCACUCUGUGGAGGACAGUUUGGUAAUAAGUAUCAGAAGCAUUUAUUUUACAUAGUUUUUUUCUCUUUGCCUUUUAUCAGAUUACUUAAAUGUAUGUAGUGAUUGAAAGUAACUAGUAGACCAAAUUCUGGGUGCACAGGGAUGGUAUAGUUUUAUUUUACUGUUUUAAAAAACUUCAGGUAAAAUACAUAUAAAAUUUGCCAUAUUAAACAUUUUUAAAUGUAUAUAGGUCACUAGUGUUAACUAUAUUCACAUGAUUUUGCACCUUAUUUCUAGAACUCUUCAUAUUGCAGAACUGAAACUCUGUACCUACCCAUUCAACAACAAUUUCUCAUUUCUGCCUUCACCCAGCCAUCAAUUUUUCUUUCAGUCUCUGAAUUUGGCUAUUCUGGAUACCUUAUAUAAGGGAAAGCAUACAGUAUUCUCUUUUUGUGACUGGCUUAUUUCUUUAGCAUAAUGCCCUCUAGGUUCAUCCAGUUUGUAGUACAUGUCAGAAUUUCCUUCCUUUUUAAGAAUAUAUACGCUGCAUGUUUUCAUUUGUCCAUGGCUAUAUACUUGGGUUGCUUCCACCUCUUGGCUAUUGUGAAUGCUGCUGCUAUGGAAUGUUGGUGUACAAAUAAUAUCUUUGAGGCCGGGCAUGGUGGCUCACGCCUGUAAUCCUAGUACUUUGUGGGUGGAUUAUUUUAUGUCGGGAGUUUGAGACCAGCCUGGCCAACAUAGUGAAACCCUGCUUCUACUAAAAAUACAAAAAUUAGCCGGGCAUGGUGAGUGGCACCUGUAGUCCCAGCUAUUUGAGAGGCUGAGGCAGGAGAAUCACUUGAACCCGGGAGGCUGAGGUUGCAGUGAGCCGAUAUCACGCCACUGCACUCUAGCCUGGGCGACAGAGGGGAACUCUGUCUCAAAAAAAAAAAAAAAAAAAAUGUGAAUGUGUGUGUGUGUGUAUGUGUAUAUAUAUGUGUGUGUGUUUAUGUGUGUGUGUGUGUGUGUGUGUAUGUCUUUGAGACCCUACUUUCAACUUGUUGGGGGCAUUUACUGAGAAGUUGAAUUGCUAGAUUAUACAUUAAUUCUAUUUUCAAAUUUUCUUGAGAACUGACAUACUGGUUUCCGUAGUGCUACAACAUUUUGCAUUCCUACCAACAGAGCACGAGGGUUCCAUUUUCUCCACAUCCGCACCAACAUUUGGUGUUUUCUGUUUUUGUUGAUAGUAGCUAUCCUAAUGUAUAUUAGGUAGUAUCUCAUUGUGGUUUUGAUUUGCGUUUCCCUAAUAAUUAAUGAUGUUGAACACCUUUUUCAUAUGCUUAUGGCCAUUUGUUUAGCUUUCGAGAAAUGUCUAUUCAAGUCCUUUGCCUAUUUUAUUUUUAUUUAUUUAUUUAUUUAUUUUCUUGAGACGGAGUCUCGCUUUGUUGCCCAGGCUGGAGUGCCGUGGCGCGAUCUCGGCUCACUGCAAGCUCUGCCUCCCAGGUUCACGCCAUUCUCCUGCCUCAGCCUCCCGAGUAGCUGGGACUACAGGCGCCCGCCACCACACCCGGCUAAUUGUUUUUUGUAUUUUUAGUAGAGACGGGGUUUCACCGUGUGUUAGCCAGGAUGGUCUCGAUCUGCUGACCUCGUGAUCCGCCUGCCUUGGCCUUCCAAAGUGCUGGGAUUACAGGCGUGAGCCAUGGCGCCCAGCCUUGCCUAUUUUAAAAUCAGGUUGUUUUCUGUUGUAAGUGAUGGUGUCAUUUUAGGUUGAUGAUAUUUGUUAUAGUCGGGAACUAGAAAGAAUUUGGAGACCAUCUAACUGACUUUUUACUGGAAAUGAUUCUGGAAUAUUUCCUGAAAGAUGAGAUAGUUUAGCCAGCUUCUGCUUGGAAGUUUCUGGUGUAAAGGGAACAUACUGUUUUGAGAGUAGUCUGUUCUAUCUUCUGGACAAUUGCUAGAAAUUUAUAUGCUUUUUUAUUUGUUUAUUUUUAAUAUUUAUGACACAUGCUGGCAGUAAAUAGAAAUUUAUAAGCUUUUUAAAGAAAUUAGCAAAAAAUAUUUGUCCAAAUACAUAUAUUCUUUUAUAUAUGUAUGUGUAUGUAGGUGUGUGUAUAUUUAUAUACUCACACUGUGGAGAAAAUGUGGAGUACCAGAAAUCACAGGAAGAUAAUAAAAACCACAAAUACUGAAAAUGCAUGACUUGAAACAAUAUCCCAUUAUCUGAGUUUCUCUCAGACUCCUUCCUUAUGGUUUUUUAUGGACCUGUUUUGUUUAUAGGAUUCUAGAUAGAUCAUUUUGUUGGUGUUUAAGAAAUUUUAUUUUUGAAACGUUUUACUGUUUCAUUAUCGUUAUUCAUGCAUUAUUUCUCAGUUAAAAUUUUACUUGAUUCAUGUGUCAGAAAUGUAAAAAAACUUUUUUUUACUUGUAAAGAUAUUCCAGAAAAAAGAAAAGAGAAAUUACAUUUUAAUAUUUUAAAAUAAAGGAUAAAAAUAAAGAUGUCAUGAAGAGCAACAAAAAUGGCGCAGGUCUUUGCAUGUCUGAGAGUGGCUCUCCUUCCUGUUCACCCGUGGACAACAGCUUCACUGAAUAUCUUUUUGUCUUUUGGCCUAGAUAUUGUAUUUUUUUUCCUUUAUCCUAAACUGACUAGCACAUAUCUCGGAUAUUGGUCUUUCAUUAAUUUUGCUUGAUAUUUGAUGUGCCCUUAUAUUGGGAAGACCCAAGUUGUCUUUUAUUUUUGCUUCUCUGUUUAUAGUUUUUUUCUUAAAUCUUAUUAUAGGUAUAUUGAAUGUUCUGACUCUUCACGCUGCUCAUCUUUUGUUUUGCCUCACUUUUCUCAUUUUCCUUCAGUAUUUCCUAUGGUUUUGUUGUUGCCAUUUUUUGUUAUACUAAUUCUUCCUUACUGCAUGAGAACUCUGCUUGUCUAAUGUUGGGAACUUAGAUUUUUUUGUCAGAUUUUUGUGGUCUCUGUUGAAGAAAGGGGUUUAUCAUUGUGUUUACUUGGCUAGUUCACAGAUUGUACAACUCAGGUCAAGUCAAGAAGGAAUCAGGAGUUGUAGAUGUUAGUGCCAGAAUUUGCUGAGUCAGCCCAGAUCUGACUGGGACCUUGCCUCUAUUUUUGCCAGCACACCAGCCCCGCCAUCCAAUUAUUCUGGUAUUGUACUCCCUGAAUCCUCCCUGUACCUCUGGAAACCACAGCAGUCACAGCUGUCCUUGUUAAAAUGAUUUGGAGUGAUGACUAAAAUAUUCACACCUUCAGAGCUUGGCAAAGUCUUGUAGGAAUGUUCGGACCUAUAUAAUGUAAAUGCAAAAUACUGUUUAAUUAGCCUACUAAUAAACAUUAAUGAAUUUUUACAUUUUUAAUUAUUCUUUUGAAUAGAGACUAUUUAAACAAACUUCAGUAAAUGCAGUAGUCCCCUGCUUAUCCGCAGGGCAUGUUUUCCAAGACCCAUAGUGAAUGCCUGAAACUUCUGAUGGUACUGAACCUUAUACACUGUAUAUAUUCAUGUGUCACUUAACGAUGGGAUACAUUCUGAGAAAUGCAUAGUUAGGCAUUUUUUCAUUGUGUGAACAUUGUAGCAUGCACUUACACAAACCUAGAUGGUAUACCUACUACCCACUGAGGCUUUAUGGUAUAGCCUGUUGCUUCUAGGCUACAAACCUAUAUAGCAUGUUACUGUUGUGAAUACUGUAGGCAGUUGUAAUACACUGGUAAGUAUUUGUGUAUCUAAUAAUGCCUUCUGGUAUACCUCUUGAAGGACCUGAGGCCAUUUUACAGUUAACUUUUUUUUAUAGAGUAUAUUCUAACAAUAAAAAGUGUAGUAAAUACAUAAACCGGUAACAAAGUCAUUUAUUUUCAUUAUCAAAUACUAUAUACUGUACAUAAUUAUACUGUACUUUUAUACAACUGGUAGCAUGGCUGUCACCACAAACACAUGAGUAAUGCAUUGUGCUAUGAUGUUAGGAUGGCUACGCUAGGCAAUAGGAAUGGUCACUAGGUGAUAGGAAUUUUUCAGCUUCGUUAUAGUCUUACAGGACCACUGUUGUAUAUGCAGUCCAUUGUUGGCCAAAAUGUAAUGCAGUGUAUGAUUGUACUUUUGUUUCUAUACAGUCACAUUGUAUGGGGGUGGUAACAUAUACAACAUUCUGGAUUAAGGGAUGAUUUUUGUCCUGGGUGGAAUGGACAAAAAGAUGUAAUUAUGUAAGAUGUAAUUAACGCUACUCAGAACAACAUGCAAUUUAAAACUUAGGAACUGUUUAUUUCUAGAACUUUUCAUGUAAUAGUUUUGGACCAAGAUUGAUCUUAGGUAACUGAAAUCAUGGAAGGUGAAAUUGUAGACAAGGGUGGACUCUUAUAAAAUCUUUACUGUGGCAUAAAUAGUUUAUGACAUUUAUUUUUGCUGCAUAUAAGCUAUUAUUUUACUUACAGGCUCUGAGCUUUUUUGUUUUUGGAAGGUGCACAUUUUUGGCAUUGGCAUUUUUUGCUUGUGUUAAUUUUGGGACUAUCUCAAACCUCUCUUUUUUAACAUCUGCCAUUGUUAAUGUUGGAGAUGUUCAUCAGGUUCUUAUGUAAUUAGUUUUUCAAAUAUAUGUAUCUUUUUUAUCUUGCUGAACCAAUGUUUUAGCUUGUCGAGUUUUUAAAAAACUUUACUUUUGUCAUUUCUUAUUUUGGCUCUGUUGGCUUUGUUUCUUCUGCUGAUUUCUUAAGAAUAUAUUUUAAUUAUAGAAAAAAAUAAAAUAUUUUUACAUGUUGAAGAUAUAAGGCCAGAAAAGAGGACAGUGGUUAUUAACUUUUCCUGGUUGACUUUGGUCUUAAAUUAGUUAACAUUUGGAUGGGCAGAUUAGCUUUGUAGUGAAGAGUGGGGACUCUGGAGCAGUAUUGCCGAAGUUUCAGUCCUGCUUCACCACUUACUAGCUCUGUGACAUUCGACAACACAUUUGGCCUCUGUUUCCUUGUCUGUAAAAUAGGGAUAAUAAUUGUACCGACUUUAUGUGGUUAUUAUGGGAUUUAAGUGAGUUGGGUGCUUAAAACUGCCACACAUAUAGUAAAUACCUCAGAGGUUUUAGCCCCCAACAAAAAAAAACUUGGAGAUUUUCUAGCUAGCAUAUCUCUAGCAUUUAACCAGUGAAAUUAUGUAGUUUUAUGGGGAUAUUCUUGAGUUUUCAGAUGUCUGUAGUAUUUUUAUGUCUAUAGCGCAGUGGUCCUCCCAAAGAGGAAGUGUUUGUUUUGCUAGUUAAAUCUUAGUAUCUCAGUGAUUGCAACUGGGUUCCCAAGUUUUAAACAAUAUGUUCAGUCAGUUUUUUGAGAUUCUGGCUUAUCUGAGUCAAGCCUACUUGUCUGCUGUUUAUGAAGUCUAUCUCCUUUCAACUGGAGGUAAUAAAGUAUUUGCUAUUUA